AUGAGCGAGCCCAUUGUGGGUCAGGCUAUGAUAAUCGACGACCAUCGUACAGAGAGCACUCGGACCUCACUAGGAGAUCCGACUCCUCCUUACGCAGUAGCAGCUGGAACUUCCGAAGUGAUCGAGGAGAGUACUAAUCCUAUAACGCCGCUUCAGACGAGCCAGGUCAUGUCAAUCUCACAGACACGCAGCAAUGAGACAGGAUCAGAUUUGCGAGGAACGGCUUCUCAUACAGUACAACAGUCCACAAGUCCGCCACUGGGUUCCACUAUCCCGCUCUACACCACCAAGCAGAAGCACCCUGAACUAAGAGGCUCAGGCAGUGAUAUGGAGAAAGACAAGAUAUCUCUUCCAAUACCCGAUAGCAUCAAAAGGGACUCAGAAACAUCUCAAGCCAUUUCACAAUAUCACAUGGUCUCAACGCUUACUUCAGCGUUGCUUCAAAAUCCAACUACUGGCGGCGCUGGCACGGCCGACUCGUCCAUUCCAGGGACAUCCAGGUCAGGGGUCAUGUUUGAUGGCACCAACAUGUCGACUACGAUGUCUAGACAAGGCGUUGAAGUGAUACUUAUUAGUGUAAUAGGCGGAAUUCUCGCCUUUGCCAUUCUGAUGCUUGUGCACCGUUGGGCUUUAUCAAGGUUCUGGAAGUCUUCCAAUGGGACUGCGCCGGGAAAUACGUCUUUCUUAGUCGCUAAGGUUCACCCAACUAUCGAGGUGUCACGAUUCUCAAUCGAGUCGUCGACAAAAAUUUGA